GAAUAGUCCAUGUAUAAGUUUAGUAUAAGAAUUAAAAAGAAAUAAUAGUUUUAUAAUGACAAUAAUGAAUAAGUUAUUAUAGAACGAUAAUGAUGGUAUAAAAACAAUAAUAAUAACAUGUAGAUAUUAAUUAUAGCAUUUAAUAAUAUUGGAUAUAAGUGUAAGUAGAGCAUAAUUAAGAAAUGCAAUAUAUUUAUCAACAAAAGAGAUAAAGAAAUAAGAAUAUUAAUCUCCAUUGAAAACUUUGUUUAAAGGGUUAAAAGUAAUAAAUAAAGGAGAAUCAUAAUCAGGUAGAAAUUUGGAUGGUUGUCCAUAUAUAAAAUAACCAUUAAAGAAAAAGUAAUGUAUAAUAAUGGAUUUGGAUGAAACAAUAGGAUAUUUUGUAUUAUAUAAAUGUAAUAUGGUUUAGAAUUGAUAAUUAAAUAGAUUUAUAUGUCGACCGUAUAUAGUGAGAUAAUUAUAUUUAGUACAGGUUAAGAGGAGGUAAUAAUGAAUAAAGUUAUAAAGUAUGUAGACAAUUGUCUAUAAUAAAUAAAAUGUGAUUAAUUGAUUGAUUAUAGAUUAUAUAGACAUCAUACAAUGUA